GAAGAAGAAGAUUUGGCGGGCAGCGCAAAAUAUAAACACAGGGAGCGGAAGAUGGAGGAAGACCAAGGACUAAAAGAAACCCCAGAUAACCAGUGUGUUAAAGCCUCCGCUGAAGGAAACACUAAUGAAACCACAGAGGGAAUGGCCCCACAAACGUCCAAUGUGGAUUCAGACCGUAGGCCACCAGGGGAGACGGAGGUUCGGUAUAGCAGGUUGAAACUGUUUAAGAAAGUGACGCAGAAGAGCCUGGAGAAGUGUAUUGAUCACGCCAGUUUUAACACAUUUGCCAGCAUGUUUCGCCCACUGUACAAGAAAAACCCUCAGAAGAUGGAGAAGAUUCACAAGCAGUUCAUAGAUGAGCUGCGAAAAGCUGUUCAGGAGGACAUAAGCAGACUGAUUGAAGAAGGCCAAUUAGAAUUGAAAUUAAAUGAGUUGGACAAACUGGAGAAAGCUGCAAGGAACAAGUCAGACCCUGCAUGGCGACCAAGUGGCAUUCCUGAGCAGGAUUUUUCCAGCUUUUUGAUUCCAUACUAUGAAAAGCAGGAUGCCUAUAUGAAACGGCAGUUGAAAAAGAUCAGAGCAGAGAAUGCUGUUUUGGCACAAAAGGUUCAGGCUGGCAGAAAGAAAAUUGCUGAGACUGAAAACUGCAUUGCAAUGGCUUUUGAUGAGUUGAAGGCGACACUUGCAGAAUUUGAAAGAUCAGCAUCUUCCUUCUGCCCCGCUGAUGUCUUUGAUGUGUAACCUUCAAAAUAUUUAGUUUAUCAACUAACAUAAAUGUACAUUUUUACUUUGUUUAACCUGAUUGUCUGAUAAAAAUGUCUUUGAAAUAAAUUGUUUUAUGACUUCA